GGGCUGAAGUCCACCCACGGGGAUGGGGUUGGGGAUAGCAAAAGCAAAGGCCCUUCGCGGUCACCCACCCACGCUCCAGUCUGUUUAGCAGAUUAUCUCGCCUGUGAGUUUGAGAAAGUUUUUUGAUCCCUUUGCGUCUCCAUCGGAGACAAUGAUAAUUACUCCCAUCCCACACCCACUUUCCCCUCUGCAGGUCUUGAGGAUGGGAGAGAAUAAAGGACGUGGCAGGCAGGAGUGCCUGCGGAGCUGCAGGUUGUUAUUCUAACCUUAGAGGAGUCUAAUGAAAAAAGGCUGGCUCUAGAGCCAGAGCAGACCCAAGCCCCUUCCCACCUUGCCCCUGCCUGUGUGACCUUGGGCAGGUCCUGGCACCUCUCCAGGUCCCCUUACGCUCCGUAGAGGCCAUUGUGAGGUGCAGUGAGAAAAUCAGAGCUCAUCUUUGAUUGAGCACCUGCUGUGCCCCCGUCUGUUGAACUGAGCCUUCUAAGAGGUAAGUACUGUUCAUGGCCCCAUUUUACAGAGUAGGAAACUGAGGCUUGGAGAGGCACAGUGACUUUCUUGAGAUAGUAAAUGACAGAGCUGGGAUAAGAACCACCACCCCCACUGUGUACUGCAAAUACUGGGUCCUGGGGAAAAGGCCUGGUCUUUAGCGGAGCUUUUCAGUAUCCACAGGACAGUGUCUGAAAGCCACCAGCCAUGGCCGUGGGGAACAUCAACGAGCUGCCUGAGAACAUCCUGCUGGAGUUGUUCACCCACCUGCCCGCCCGCCAGCUGCUACUGCACUGCCGCCUUGUCUGUAGCCUCUGGCGUGACCUCAUCGACCUUGUGACCCUCUGGAAGCGCAAGUGUCUUCGUGAGGGCUUCAUCACAGAGGACUGGGACCAGCCCGUGGCUGACUGGAAGAUCUUCUACUUCCUACGCAGCUUGCACAGGAACCUUCUGCACAACCCCUGCGCUGAAGAUGGUUUUGAAUUCUGGAGCCUGGAUGUGAAUGGUGGCGAUGAGUGGAAGGUGGAGGAUCUCUCUGGAGACCAGAAGAAGGAAUUCCCCAAUGGCCAGGUCAAGAAAUACUUCGUGACUUCUUAUUACACCUGCCUCAAGUCCCAAGUGGUUGACCUCAAGGCGGAAGGCUAUUGGGAGGAGCUGAUGGACACCACACGACCAGACAUCGAGGUCAAGGACUGGUUCGCAGCCAGGCCGGACUGCGGGUCCAAGUACCAGCUGUGCGUUCAGCUCCUGUCAUCAGCGCACGCACCUCUGGGGACCUUCCAGCCAGACCCAGCAAUGAUCCAGCAGAAGAGUGAUGCCAAAUGGAGGGAGGUCUCCCACACAUUCUCCAACUACCCACCCGGCGUCCGCUACAUCUGGUUUCAGCAUGGCAGCGUGGACACUCACUACUGGGCCGGCUGGUACGGCCCAAGGGUCACCAACAGCAGCAUCACCAUCGGGCCCCCACUGCCCUGACGCUGCCAAGCCCCCACCUGCCGAACCCCGACUGGUAAACUGCUGUCAGAAAAGGACAGGGCUUGGAGGGCAGACCCUUGCCCCAACCCCCCUAGCUCAUCCUUGCCCCCCAGUUGCCUUUUUUUGCGGUGCCUCUCCAUUUGUGCAGCCCUUGCCUCCUGCGGGGGGCCAGCUCACCACCCACCCAAGGUCUUGGCUUAAACGAUGGCAAGGAGGCCUGCAUGGACCCCUUUAACAGACAGGGCCCCUGAGGCUAGAGAGAUGCAGGGUCUUCCCCCAGGCUCCUUUGAGAGUGAGUCUCCAAGCUCAGAUACAACCUAGAUCUGCAUCUCUACCUUCUUCUCCUAGGGGCUUUCUCUCUGCUUUUUGGAGCCCUUGGAGCAGGGACAAGCAGGGAGUUGGGCAGGCUGGUGGUUGCCCCAGAUAGUUCAGAUGCUGGGAGGUGACUAUGUCACUCAGACAGGGAAGGAGAGGGAGGGCCCUUCAAUCACAUCCAUGGCUACAUUUUGCCACUCCGAAGCCAUUUUGCUCUGAAGAGUUAGCUUUGCCCCAGAGGCUCAGGCCUAGUCUGAGAUGGGCUGGCCCAGGGUGGGGUAGGGGUCCAGCCUGAGUUUGGACUGUCCUCAUAUCAGUGAAGCCCCAGAAGCCAGAUGAGUACCAGGUAGAGGCUGGGCUCCCCAAAGGACCCCCUGAAUCCUGCCCAGGGUGACCCAGGGCAGGUCGGGGGCAGGACUGAGCUCUGAUUGUGAGAGCUGGAGCAAGUAAGCCCUGGGUGAGUGGGUAGGGGGUUGCCAGGGAUCACUCGUCCACUUCCAUACCCCGGCCAGGCUCCCUGUGGCCUGGAGACUGUUCCAAGCGCCCACCCCACUCUCGAACUGCCACUCCCAGAUCUCCCCUCCUCACCACCCUCCUGCCUCCCACUCCUGCUGGAAGGACAGCAGUCCCCUCCUGAUCCCACCCACCCCUGUGCAUGCAGCCAAAUAAAGUGUUCCCAACCCAAACAGUGCACUACGAUUUCUGGAAGGAAAGGCAGACCUGGUGGGAGGCCCUGCCCUGGGCCCUGCAGAAGGUGCAGUGUGUGGCUUCUGCCCACAGCACAGACAGGAGUUGGCAUUUCAUUUCAGAUCACAGAACAGGAGUCAUGAGACA